AUGAACGGACAUAGCACCAACAACAACAACAACAACAAGCGCAAGAGAGAGGAGAAGCUCCUGGAGAAGACUAGCAAGAAGGUCAAGGAAGAGUCUGAAGAGGAAGACGAGGAGGACGAGGAGGACGAGGAGCAGGACGAGGAGAAUGGCGAUGGCGGCGAUGAGGAUGAGGAUGAUGGUGAGGACAACGAAGAGGAAGAGGAGGACGUCAAGGAGAGCGAAGAGAGGCAAGAGGAUUUGCCCUCAAUCGACUUUUCCGCCAACGAGGAGGCCGCUGCCACGACUGCUGGUGGCAAAAAGAUCAACUACGAGUUCGCCUCGCUCGACUUGUGCGAGCCCUCAAAGAAGGCGAUCGUCGACAUUGGAUUCGCGAAGAUGACUGAGGUCCAGGCACGCACCAUCCCACCACUGCUGGCUGGUCGCGAUGUCCUUGGUGCUGCAAAGACAGGAUCGGGAAAGACCAUCGCCUUCUUGGUCCCUGCCGUGGAAUUGCUCUACAAACUCAAGUUCAAGCCUCGCAACGGUACUGGUGUGAUUAUCAUUUCGCCUACCCGUGAGUUGGCCCUUCAGAUCUUUGGUGUUGCCAAGGACCUUCUCAAGUACCACAACCAAACUUUCGGCAUUGUCAUUGGAGGCGCUAACCGCAAGGCUGAGGCUGACAAGCUGGCCAAGGGCGUCAAUCUCUUGGUAGCCACCCCUGGACGUCUUCUCGAUCAUCUUCAGAAUACCAAGGGCUUUGUGUUCAAAAAUUUGAAGGCGUUGGUCAUUGACGAGGCAGACCGUAUUUUGGAGUGCGGUUUCGAGGACGAAAUGAAGCAGAUCAUCAAGCUCCUGCCCAAGGAGGGCCGUCAGACGAUGCUCUUCUCUGCAACACAAACAACCAAGGUCACAGAUCUGGCCCGUAUCUCGCUCAAGGCCGGACCAUUGUACAUCAACGUCGAUGAGAAGAAAGAGACUGCAACAGCCGACGGACUUGAGCAAGGAUAUGUCAUCUGCGAAAGCGACAAACGGUUUUUGCUUUUGUUCACGUUCCUGAAGAAGAAUCUGAAAAAGAAAGUUAUUGUCUUUUUCUCGUCCUGUAACUCUGUGAAAUACCACGCUGAGCUCCUCAACUACAUUGAUAUCCCCGUCCUGGACCUGCACGGACGUCAGAAGCAGCAGAAACGGACGUCCACCUUCUUUGAAUUCAUCAACGCCCCCACGGGUAUCCUCCUCUGCACGGACGUUGCUGCCCGUGGUCUUGAUAUCCCUGCAGUCGAUUGGAUCAUCCAGUUCGAUCCCCCAGAUGAUCCCCGCGAUUACAUCCACCGUGUCGGUCGUACAGCUCGUGCGGGUACCACGGGCAAAUCCCUUCUCUUCCUUUUGCCCUCGGAAGUCGGUUUCCUCCGGUUCCUGAAGCAUGCCAAGGUCCCGCUGAACGAAUACCAGUUCCCGACCAGCAAGAUCUCGAACGUCCAGAGUCAGCUCGAGAAGUUGGUCGAGAAGAACUACUACCUCAAUAAGUCCGCGAGAGAUGGAUACAGGAGUUACCUUCAGAGUUACGCGUCCUACGCACAAAAGGGAACCUUUGACGUCAACAAGCUAGACCUAGUCAAGGUUGCCAAGGCAUUCGGAUUCUCGGUCCCGCCAAAGGUCAACAUCUCGGUGGGGUCCGUCAAGGGACAGACUACGAACAAGAAGGCCUACGUCGUUGGAGAGAAGAAGACGCACAACCAUCCUAGCAGCGGUCGACGACCCAAUGGCGAUGGUGGACGUCAGUUUGCACGAUAA